ACUACUCAAACAUCAACCAUAUUAAAAUACCAAGAAAAAGGUAUAUAGUAUAUCUGAUAAAGAUGAAGUUUUGGGCAUUGACAAUUGUUUCCCUCUUGUUGUUCACCAUACAAGGAGGAUCAGCUGAGCAAUGUGGAAGGCAAGCCGGGGGUGCUCUGUGCCCAGGAGGGCUGUGCUGCAGCCAAUUCGGGUGGUGUGGCAACACAGACGAGUACUGCAAAGACGGUUGCCAAAGCCAAUGCAAACCAAGUGCUGGGGACCUUGGUGGUAUCAUUUCAAGGGCCACUUUUGAUGAUAUGCUUAAGCAUCGUAAUGAUGGUGCUUGUCCCGCCAGAAACUUUUACACUUACGAUGCUUUCAUCUCCGCCGCUAAAGCUUUUCCUGGCUUCGGCACCACCGGUGACGAUGCAACAAAGAAAAGGGAGAUUGCGGCUUUCUUAGCCCAAACUUCCCAUGAAACUACAGGUGGAUGGCCAACGGCACCUGAUGGCCCAUAUUCUUGGGGAUACUGCUUCGUCAGGGAGCGAGACCCGCCAAGUAAUUACUGUGAACCUAGGCCAUCUUAUCCUUGUGCUUCCGGAAGGCAAUACUAUGGCCGUGGUCCGAUGCAACUUUCCUGGAAUUACAACUACGGACAAUGUGGACAAGCCAUUGGAGUGGACCUACUAAACAGCCCAGACCUAGUGUCUACGGACCCCGUAAUUUCUUUCAAGGCAGCAAUCUGGUUCUGGAUGACCCCACAGUCACCGAAGCCAUCAUGUCAUGACGUCAUAACCGGAAGAUGGAAUCCCUCGGGAGCUGAUCAGAGCGCCGGUCGAGUCCCCGGCUACGGUGUGACCACGAACAUCAUCAACGGUGGGCUUGAGUGCGGCCAAGGCUGGAACGCUAAGGUGGAAGACCGAAUUGGAUUCUUUAAGAGGUACUGUGAUAUAUUCCGGAUCGGCUAUGGAAAUAAUCUCGACUGCUACAACCAAAGGUCGUGGGUGAAUGGACUCUUGCUUGACUCAUCCAUGUAAUACGACUCGUCGUAAAAUGAGGAAAACUCUUCUUGUCCGUUAUUAUUAUGUGUCGUAAGGGUUAGUUUCCCUUACGUACGAUAAUGUUGUAACCUUUGUAUGCGUGCGUGGAAUAAUGACUAAGUUUUCCUCAAUAAAGAUGUCGAAAAUAUUAAUUAACAA